CCCACCGAAGCUUACAAUAUUUAUUGAUUACCUACCAACAACUCUUCCCCUUCCACACGCUUUGGUUGCAUGCAAAGCACAGCCCCAUACUAGUAACAGCAACGGAUUAACUUAUAGCUAAGCUAUAGACAGGGUCUUCCCUCCCCUUUAAAUGUUGCAGUUGGUGUAGUUAGCUAUCUGCCAUCCUCCAAACAACACUUAAAUAACCUUCCAAAAGGAAAAGAAAAAGGAAGGAAAACUCUACCUAGCUUGCUUUUCCAUUUCCUGCAGGACCCCAACUCUGUUUAUAUAUCUCCCAGGGUUCCAGGUCAUGACUUUCAUCGAAGACCAAGCCGUUGUUGUUUUGAAGAGAAAAAACAGAAAGAUGGAUCAGACCCUCGAUUCCAAGCUCCUUUCUCAACCAGUUCAAGUGGAAAACAGGAAGAAAGGUGAUGAUGAUGAUCAGAGCUUGAACAAGGCUAGAAGGCGGUAUGCUUUGGUGUCGUACAAGGAGCUGCCGGACUACAUGAAGGACAAUGAGUUUAUCCUGAAUUAUUACAGGGCUAAUUGGUCUAUCAAGGAAGCUCUCUUUGGCAUCUUUCGUUGGCAUAACGAAACCCUUAAUGUUUGGACGCAUUUACUUGGGUUUGUUCUAUUUUUGGGAUUGACCAUGGCGAAUUUGGUGGAAGUGCCACAAGUAGCGGAUCUCAUUACCUUCUUAGUUAGGUCUUUUCCUAUUAGUGCCGACGCCAAUGUAUCUCAUGAUUCAAAAGAACUCGUUCUGGGAGCAACAAAUCUCAUUGAUUUGAAGCGGAUAACAACCCCAGAAUUGGAUAUUUCCCCUCCGGUGACGCCGGUUACACGAUGGCCAUUCUAUAUAUUCUUAGGCGGCUCCAUGUUCUGCCUCCUAUCAAGCAGCAUCUGCCACCUCUUUUCUUGCCAUUCACACCAUCUAAACCUUACAUUGUUGCGCAUAGACUAUGCCGGGAUUACUACCAUGAUCAUCACAUCUUUUUUUCCUCCAAUCUACUACAUUUUUCAAUGUGAUCCGCAGUGGCACUUUGUCUACCUUGGUGGGAUCACAGCUCUAGGCUUGUUCACCAUCGUAACACUGCUAUCACCAUCACUGUCAACGGGCAAAUUUCGUGCAUUUCGAGCUUUACUCUUUUCCUCCAUGGGGCUCUUUGGCAUUGUCCCAGGAAUCCAUGCUGCAAUUGUCAACUGGUCUAAUCCGCGUCGCAAUAUCACUCUGGCCUAUGAGGCCGCCAUGGCCAUAUUCUAUUUGACCGGGACCAUGUUCUAUGUUAGUCGGAUUCCAGAGAGGUUGAAGCCUGGAUGGUUUGACUUAGCUGGGCAUAGUCAUCAAAUAUUUCACAUAUUCGUCGUGAUGGGUGCAUUGGCUCAUUAUGGUGCUUCUCUUGUAUUUUUGGAGUGGCGUGACCGUAAUGGCUGUUAAUCAUCAAAAGGUGGGUUUAUGUUUGUUUAAUUUAGUCAUGUAACUGUGAGUAAUAUUCAUUUAUUAUAGUUUUCUUUUUCUCUUUUGUGAGGUUGGGGGUCUUGGGAUUUAUAUGUAUGACGUUCAGGUAUUUUUCUCUAAAUGUACAUCAAUGAUUGGUAGCAUCUUCAUGAAGGGAAGGCUAUCAGUAGAGCAGCAAUAUACAAAGAAUCAUACUUGAAAAUUAUGUAUUUUUUUUUUCCUUUCUUGUUUCA